GUCCCGCUGCUAGUGAAUGAGCCGGCCCUGUGAGGGAACUCGGGCCGCUGUUUGUCCUCCGAGCGCUCCGGCGCCCAGCGUCCUGCUGGUCGAGGCGUUCUACGGCGGCUCUCACAAACAGCUAAUCGACCUGCUGCAACAAAACAUCGACGGCUGCUCUGUCUUCACGCUGCCCGCCAAGAAGUGGCACUGGAGGGCGAGAACAGCGGCGCUGCACUUCAGCCAGACCAUCCCCGCCUGUCCAUCAUACAGAGUCCUGUUCAGCAGCUCCGUCCUGAACCUGUGUGAGCUGGUGGCUCUCAGACCGGAUCUGGCUCGUCUGAAGAAAGUUCUGUACUUCCACGAGAACCAGCUGGUUUAUCCAGUUCGCAAAGACCAGGAGAGAGACUUCCAGUACGGAUACAACCAGGUCCUCUCAUGCCUGGUGUCGGACGUGGUGGUGUUUAACUCCGUCUUCAACAUGGACUCCUUCCUGUCCUCUAUCUCGUCCUUCAUGAAGAAGAUCCCGGACCAUCGACCCAAAGACCUGGACCUGCUGAUCCGGCCUAAAUGUGUCGUCUUGUACUACCCCGGUCCACUUCCCCGACGUCAGCGGGUCAUGAUUGACCUGAAACCUGCGGCGGGACACAAAGACAUCACAUCCAUCACCGGCGAGUGGCAGGACGCCGACUUCUCAGAGUCCAACCAGAUCAAUGGGGACGCCACACUGCUGCCAAAACACAAACUCCUCAAACAGCCUCAGACACUACGGCGUGACGAGGAUCCAGAUGAACCCAGAACCGAGCAGAGAGCAGGAAGUGGGGGGGGGGCAUCAGACCCGGGGAGGCCUCUUCACAUCGUCUGGCCUCACAGGUGGGAACACGACAAGAACCCUGAACUCUUCUUCUCCACUUUGAUCAAACUGAAGGAAAAACAAGUCGACUUUCAGCUGUCGGUGCUCGGAGAGACUUUCACUGAUGUUCCAGAGAUCUUCUCUGAGGCCAGGUGUGUGUUGCAGCAUCACGUCCUGCGUUGGGGCUUCCUGCCCAGUAAAGCUGAUUACCUGCGUGUUCUGUGUGACGCUGAUGUCGUCGUCUCUACGGCGCAACACGAGUUCUUUGGAGUGGCGAUGUUGGAGGCGGUUCACUGCGGCUGUUAUCCUCUGUGUCCGAAGGCUUUAGUGUACCCUGAAAUAUUCCCAGCAGAGUACCUGUACUCCACACCUGAGCAGCUCUGUAAGCGGCUGCAGGGACUCUGCAGGAGGCCCGACGUCGCCCGCCGGCAUGUCGUCAAGGUCGACACUUCCUCCUACUCCUGGUCGUCUCUGAAGGAGCGUUUUCAGACUCUGCUGUCCCUGAACGCACCGCUCUGACUCCUGCAGCUCUGUGUCCCUGAACGCACCGCUCUGAUCCAGCAGCUCUGUGUCCCUGAACGCACCGCUCUGACUCAGCAACUGUGUCCCUGAACGCACCGCUCUGACUCCUGCAGCUCUGUGUUCCUGAACGCACCGCUCUGAUCCAGCAGCUCUGUGUCCCUGAACGCACCGUUCUGAUCCAGCAGCUCUGUGUCCCUGAACGCACCGCUCUGAUCCAGCAGCUCUGUGUCCCUGAACGCACCGCUCUGAUCCAGCAGCUCUGGAUGUUUGGCAGGUUGUCGUCAUGCCUGAGUCCACGCCACGUCCCGCAGAACGCCCGCUCGUCUCCGGCACCUCUGAGUCCAAAUGAAAGGCGGUGUGGCGGGCUGGAGACGGCGAGUCUGGACCUGCAGACGUCCCCGUCCUCUCGACUUUCUUUUAUGUGUGUGGUUUGGGUGGAGGGGGGGGUAACGUGCAAAAGCUUUCAUGUUUCCACAGGCGGUGCCACCUCAUGUAUCCGGCUGGAUCCAUUUUUACCCUUUGUGCUGUGUUUGCUGUUGUUCACCACAGAGACGCAGUGGCAGCCAGGAGUUCAGGUCUGAAUCCACAUCAUCUAACAGACACUAACUAUCACCAGCUCAAUAAAAAUAUGUUUCUAUGAUUCAAAUCUAACUUUUGUCUCCUAAUAAACUGUCAAUUAAAUUAAAAAACGACUUCAUAUGGAAGCACAGUCCUGACAAGACGAGAAAAAUACAGAAAAUAAUCCUGACGCUGAGAAAACACCGUGACCUUUACAUUUAAAUUCAUUAGAAAAAUAUGUGAAAAAUUUGAAAACUGUCCAAAGAAAUUAUAAAAAUCUCCCAAAAACCUGAAGAGAAACGAACAUCUGCGUUAAUAUCAAUAUAACUAACCCUAAUAUCUGACCUCAGAAGAAACGCUUUAAUCACUCACUGAUCCACGGAGCACGCUCAGACGCUCCAACCAGAACCUCCUCUGACACGCACGCACACACACACAGACACACACGCACACACACGC